AUGCCAGCCGACUCCGACGACGAAGCCCUCUUCGCUGCCCUCGAAAACGAAGAAGCUCCCAGCUACCGCGACACGCGCAUCCAACAACUGAACGCGGAAUUUGCCUCCGCGAAAACCAAUCGCAGCACCAAUACCGCCAACCCCAGCGGAGCCAGCGCAACACUCGCCCACAAUGAGUCCUACCCGACCCUAACAUCCGACCAAGCCGUGCUAGAUCACACAACAUCCUCCAGCCGAACGAUUGUGCACUUUGCGCACGCGGAUUUCGGACGGUGCGAAGUGAUGGACCGCGCGCUGGUGCAGCUGGCCGGGCUACAUUAUGAAGUACGCUUUGCGCGGGUGGACGUGCGGAAUACGCCGUUCUUGGUGGAGAAGCUGGGGAUUCGGGUUUUGCCGUGCGUGAUUGGGUUUAAGGAUGGGCUUGGCGUGGAGCGGGUGGUUGGAUUUGAGGGGCUUGGGGAGAGAGGGUUUGACCCGGUCCCUGAGCCUAACGGGGGCGGGGGGGUGUUUAGUGUGGGUGUUCUGGAGAGGAGAAUGGUUGCGAAGGGCGUUUUCGUAGCGGUUAAGGCUGGUGGUGGGGACGGGAGUGACAACGAGAGUGACCAUGACAGUGAUAGGGGGAGGAGGAGGGGAGGGAGAAAGUUGAAGUCGAAGACUAUUCGGGGUGCGAAGGUGCAGAUGGAUGAGGAUGAUGAUGAUGAUUGGGAGUGA